GGGACGGAAGCAGCCGCCUUUUCCCUUCCUCCAUUCCCUCCUUCUGACCCGGGGGAAAGCGGCCGUUCCCUCAUCCGGCUCAUUUUGGGACUUCGGGGGCAAGGGAUCCGGAGGAAGGGGCGGACGGGGCGACUCGCUGUAAUUGGUUUUUUGGCGCCAGGAAACUUUGGAAAGAGUUCCUGUUGCGAGGUUGGAGUGAGUUUGCUGGAGUGGAGACCUCCAAUCUCUUCUCCGCCGUUGAAGGAUGAGGUCCCCCCACCCCAGUAUCCUGUAGGAGCUCCCGAGAGAUCGAGAAAUGGGGCGAGGAGCGUAGUCCGGUUAUUUGGGAUGAGAAGGGUAGCCUAGGGAUUUGCAAUGCAAUGCCAGCCGGCUUCUUCCAUUUCCCGCCCCUCAAACGACUGAAAAUAAGCAUCAGCAGGGUAUUUUUGCUGCCUUGCAUGCCCAGGAUCGCAUCCUUAAUGGCACUUGUGCAUGGAACAGAGCAGAACCGAAAACACAAACCAAAAUCCCUCCAAUUUCAGUGCGGGAGGGAUGGUCAUCUAUAAUAGUAAUUGCAGUCUAAUGAGCAUCCUUGCAUGUGGAGUAUAAGUGCAGAUUCAGGCCUGUGCAGUGUAAAACAGAGCGAAAAAACCAGUUUAUUGGUGAUUCUGGAAAAUAUUUUAAGGGGGGGAUGCAGCCCCUAUCUUAGCCACCUCUGCUCAGUCUUACAGAGUUCAAUCAAAUUUACAUACACAAAAAAGGUGCAUAGGAUUAAAGUCCCAAUUUGCCUGUGCUAAAUGAAAUGUGUGCAAACUGAGAUUUCCCUAAACUGAAAGUUGAAAACUUGGAGAUUUUAUCAGCAGUACUAACAGCAGUUGCAUGGAAAGUCUAAAAAAACAAGCAGCCCAAAAAGAAUCUGGAUGCUUGUAGCCAAUAAGAGGAAAUGGGGCUUGGUUGGGGACAAAAGUGGACACCCCAGCCCCGGGCAAUGUGACUGAUGCUGUGACAUCAAUAAUUAAAGUGUGAUAAAUUGAAUAUUAUGAUGCUGCUUCCUAUUAGUUAAUAUCCCCUCUCCCAAAAGGGAAACCUUCAAUAUGGGAACUGCUUCAUCCUUGGUAAGCCCAGUAGGGACUGUUGGGGAGGUGAUUGAAGACACAUAUGAGGGAGGUGGGGGUGAAGCCUGCGAGAUUCCCGUGGAGGUGAAACCCAAAGCCCGCCUUCUGCGCAGCUCCUUCCGUCGCGUGGGGACAUCACGGCCUGGAGGUCUUAUUGGUGCCAGCUUCAAAUCAACUGUCUCUGUACAAGAGCUGGAGUGUAUGGCAGAGUAUGAACGCCUGAAGAAAGAAUACGAGAUCUUCCGUAUCAGCAAGAACAAUGAAGUGGCAUCGAUGAUGAAGAAAGAGGCCAAACUGGAUAAGGAAAACAAGCGCCUGCGGGCAGAGCUGCAGGCACUUCAGAAAACAUAUCAGAAAAUACUCAGAGAGAAAGAAAGUGCUUUGGAGGCUAAAUACCAAGCCAUGGAGAGAGCUGCUGCAUUUGAACAUGACCGAGAUAAAGUCAAGAGACAGUUCAAGAUUUUUAGAGAAACCAAGGAGAAUGAAAUCCAGGAUUUACUGAGGGCAAAACGAGAGUUGGAGGCAAAAUUACAGCGGCUGCAAGCUCAAGGCAUCCACGUUUUUGACCCUGAGGAGACAGACUCAGAUGAUAGCUGUACAGAAGCUGCUGCUGCUGGAGCUCAGGCUGAGUACUGGGCUGGUGGAGCCCUGGGAAGUGAGCCAUCCAUGGGCAGUAUGAUGCAGCUUCAACAGUCUUUCAGAGGCCCUGAGUUUGCACACAGUUCUAUUGAUGUGGAAGGGCCAUUUGCAAAUAUUAACAGAGAUGAUUGGGAUGCAGCUGUUGCCAGUUUGUUGCAGGUCACUCCACUGUUUUCCCACUCUUUGUGGAGUAACACAGUAAGGGUGUAUCUCAUUAAUACACAGGAGACGCAGUCAGAAGUAGACAUCUUCAUGCAGAAAUACUCCCCAAAACUUCAGAAUUAUUGUGAGACCAUGGAGUACUUCUUCCAAGCUAUCCAUUUCCCAGUAGAAACUGGAAGUCCUUCCCAGUCUGUGAGGAAAUGGGAAAUCGAGAAAAGUUCUUUAACUAUUUUGUUCUUGAAUUUAACUUUGCCAAGUUGUCUGCUGGAGGAGUGUGAAGAGGCGUUUUUGAAAAACCCGGAGGGAAAGCCCCGUCUUCUUUACCACCGUCUGGAGGAGGGCCAAACCAGCUCAGAUUCUGCGCAGCAGUUACUUGAACAAGUUCGUCAUGUGAACAAAGCAAAGAUCAUCAGUCACAUGGGAGGGCCAGAAGAGGGAGCAUGUGCAGUCUACAGUUAUGUGGAGAAGACCAUAAAGCAGGAUAUCCUAGGCUGUGAAACGGCAGAACAGGAAAGGGAAGAUGCACCUGACGAUGGUGACUCCUCUGUUCCCGAAGAGGAAAUCUUUGGUGAUGUCCUGUGGGAUGCACACGAUGAGCAAGAACAGAUGGAGGCUUUCCAGCAGGCUUCCAAUUCAACGUGUGAGCUUGGAUUUGAGAAGUAUUAUGAACGCCUAAACGACUUAGUGGUGGCACCAGCACCUAUUCCACCCCUUCUUGUAUCUGGAGGACCUGGCUCUGGAAAAUCUCUUCUACUAUCAAAAUGGAUUCAACUGCAACAGAAGCACUCAUCAAAUACACUAAUUCUGUAUCAUUUUGUUGGGAAACCUACAUCAAGCAGCGCAGAGCCUGCCCUGAUUCUCAAACGGCUCACAUUGAAGCUUAUGCAGCAUUCCUGGUCAGUUUCACCCGUGACACUGGAUCCUGCAAAACUAUUAGAAGAAUUUCCUCGUUGGCUGGAGAAACUCUCUGCUCACCAUCAGGGCAGCAUUAUAAUAAUUAUUGACUCUAUUGACCGAAUCCAGCAAGCGGAAAAACAUAUGAAGUGGCUGAUCGACCCUUUGCCCGUGAAUGUCAGAGUUGUAGUAUCGGUGAAUGUUGAAACAUGUCCGCAAGCAUGGAGGCUGUGGCCAACUCUUCACCUUGAUCCACUCAAUAUGAAUGAUGUGAAAUCUCUCAUUAAUGAAGAAUGCAGCUUUGCAAAUCUGAAGCUGACUGAAGACCAGGAGAAGAAGCUUGAGAAACACUGUCAUUCUAGUACUACUUGCAAUGCUCUCUAUGUCACUCUGUUGGCUAGAAUGGUGGCUGGUGCUGGAAGCAUAGAAAGUAUUGACAUAAUCUUACAGAAGUGUUUGCUGUGCCAAGACACAGUGUCGCUGUACAAGCUAGUUCUGAAAUCCAUUCAAGAAUCUUUGAAAAGUGAGAAAGACAAAGACUACUUGAAAGAGAUUCUUUGCCUCAUCAGCAUCAGCCACAAUGGAGUGAGUGAAUCAGAACUAAUGGAACUCUGUCCUGAGCUCUCCUGGGCAGUUCUGGCCUCGGCAGUUCACAGUCUGCACAAGAUGUGCUUUUUAACGUAUGGUUGUGGCUUGUUGAAGUUUCGUCACCUACAGGCUUGGGAAAUGGUAAAGCUGGAGUAUACGGAAGCAGGUCACAGUGCUUUUGCUUUCUGCCGAGAAAAACUGAUUGACUACUUCACCAGGCAGCUCAGUCAAGAAAGAGUGACUUGGAGAAGUGCAGAUGAACUCCCCUGGCUGUUCCAGCAACAAGGUGACAAGCAGAAAUUACACGAGUGCCUCUUGAAUCUGUUUGUAUCCCAGAACCUUUAUAAAAGGGGCCAUUUUGCAGAACUGCUGAGCUAUUGGCAGCUUCUUGGAAAAGAUAAGAAUUCCAUGGCAGCCGAGUAUUUUAGCUCCCUGAAGCUAUUUGAGAAAAGCUGUGAGAAAGAAGAAGGUAUGAUCUCUCUGGCUGACAUUUACGAGACUCUGGGACGGUUUCUUAAAGACCUGGGUCUUCUUAGUCAGGCCAUUGCUCCUUUGCAGCGCUCCCUGGAGAUUCGAGAGACCGCCCUCGAUCCAGACCACCCUAGAGUAGCCCAGUCUCUCCACCAACUAGCAGGCGUUUACGUGCAGUGGAAGAAGUUUGGUAAUGCCGAGCAGUUAUACAAGCAGGCUCUCGAAAUCUUUGAAAAUGCUUAUGGAACUGAACAUCUCAGGGUUGCUCGCGAACUCGACGCUCUUGCAACGUUGUACCAGAAGCAGAACAAGUAUGAACAAGCUGAACAUCUAAGGAAAAAAUCAUUCAAAAUUCAACAAAAAGCUGUGAGGCGAAAAGGCAGCCUGUAUGGAUUUGCUCUUCUUCGCCAACGAGCCCUGCAGUUAGAGGAGCUCACGUUGGGGAAAGACUCAUCUGACGGUGCUCGAACUCUCAACGAACUUGGUGUUCUCUACUACCUUCAAAAUAAUCUUGAGACAGCAGAACUUUUCUUGAAACGGUCCCUGGAAAUGCGAGAACGGGUUCUCGGUCCUGAUCACCCAGAUUGUGCCCAGUCUUUGAAUAAUCUAGCAGCUCUUUACAAUGAGAAGAAGCACUAUGACAAGGCAGAAGAGCUGUAUGAAAAGGCACUGAAUAUCCGGAAGAGAGCACUGGCGCCUGACCAUCCGUCUAUGGCUUACACUGUGAAACACCUUGCUGUCCUCUACAAGAAGAUGGGAAAGCUUGACAAAGCCGUUCCUCUAUAUGAAUUGGCUGUUGAAAUACGACAAAAAUCUUUUGGUGCAAAGCACCCCAGUGUGGCUACUGCUUUGGUAAACUUGGCUGUUCUUUAUUGCCAAAUGAAAAAACACUUUGAAGCUUUGCCUCUUUAUGAACGGGCCUUGAAGAUUUAUGAAGACAGCUUUGGACGUAUGCACCCUCGUGUGGGAGAAACAUUAAAAAAUUUAGCAGUGUUGAGCUAUGAAGGAGGGGAUUUUGAGAAAGCUGCUGAACUUUAUAAGAGAGCGAUGGAAAUCAAAGAAGCAGAAUCAUUGCUGACCGGAGGGAAAGCAGCUUCCCGUCAUUCAUCAAGUGGAGACGCGGUCAGUUUGAAGAGCGUUUUCUCUCCCAACGUUUUCCUGCAGCAAGGGCAAAGGUGAUGCAAACCGACCCCUGCAGCCCAAGUCAUGUUGGGCAUCAAAGGCAUGUACUUAAGCUACAGUCAUUCAAAGGGUAGGAGAUAAAUGAACUCUGGUGACUCCACAGACAACUUAAGUGUUAGUGUUCACAUUCCUCUUACAUCACUUACAUGUGUUACAUGGAUUUGAGGACUUGGUGAUUUUUGUAAAUGACAUUAGUGGCUUCUAUAAUUUGAGACAUUAAUUCCAGAGGGAUUGCUACACUAGUCCCUUUGCAACAAAAAUAAGCAGGAGUCUAGUGGUGCCUUAAAGAUUAAUAAAAUUUUAUUUUAGCGUAAAGUUUCAUUGACUUCUUCCAAAUUACUGAAUUGUCACUAGACAGAAAGCUUUCUUAUUGCAUUGCAUUUACAUUGAGGCAACUAAGAAAGCUCCAGCGCUUGUCGACUACCUCUUUUAGAAACAUUUUGAAUGGCUUCACUUGACUUCUUCAAAAAGUCCUGCUCCCUUCUAGGAAAUAAUUUUGGAGCAGAUCAAUAGCUGGCAGAAGAAAUCAGGAGGCACAGAAAAUAUUUCAACUUAAACAUUUCACAUAUAUUCCUAUUUUCAUGCAUGAAUAGAUGUUUAUAUUUAAUGCUUAAUUUGCACAGGCUUUGAUGGAAAAAAUGUUCAUUUUACCAGUAUUAUUCUUGUUAGAAUCGGAUACUGUUCUUCCAAUAUUGGCUUAGAUCUGUAAGUGGAAAGCUAUCUGCUUGGUACAGGUUUUCCCUGCAGUCCAUUUUGAUACUGGAUAGUUCAUUCGUGAACCAGAGUCAAAAAGCCGCACUGGCUGGGAGGGUGGGCCUCAGGGAGAAGAGGGAAGGAAACGAAGUUAAUUUUGCCCCUUGCUCGCUACAGCCCUACACUGCCACCAUCAGCUGCAUGGCUUUCAGUUCAGUAGUUUCUGAAAUUAUUGGUGGAAAGUAGAAUCCAUAAACCUUUUGCUGAUGGUUGGUUAGCUGCAUGUUGCGCUGAGCAGAAUGGACAGGGUGUAAAAAGUGCUGGCCAUCAUAUAUAAAGUCCUUCAUGGCCUUGCACUCACAUAUCUGCAGGACCAUCUCACCCCUUAUGUUCUGCCCUGAUAACUGUGCAGAUCUAAUUGGCUCUUCUGCAAGUAUCACCUCGCAAACAACUGCCUGUAGACAUUUGUUUGCUGUAACAGCUCCCAAUUUAUGCAGUGCCUUGCCUAAAAAGUUCACAAAGGCUCUCAGACCUGUGGCAUUUAACAAUGCAAAAACAGAAAUAUUCAGGGGGGCACAGAAUGGUUCAGGAAAUAUCUGCAGAAAGGGAAGGGGUCUGUGGACUUUGCUAGAGUAUGGAGUAUGUGUUAUUAGUUGCUAUAUGCACUGUUUCAUUUUCAGUGCAUUGUAUUUAAUAUCAUUUACAGCUUGCUUAAACAUGCCAUGUGUAAUACUUGUGCCUUGCUCAUGUUUUGGCAAUCCCAGUCCUAUUACAUUGCUUAUUAUAUGUCUCAUCAUGUUGGUUGCACUGACUUACAUUGUAUGAUCCAACUUGAGUCUCAGUGAGAAAGGCAGACUAUAAAUAAUGUAAAUAAUGGAGGAAGAUUGGAUGGUGCUGAAGGAAUAUUUAAAACAGGAAAUGUAAUUCUGUAAGUAAGAAACAUCGCAUGUGGCUUUGGAAACAGAAAAAAAUCAAAGUUUUCUUUCAACAGUAGCACCACCUUUCAAGUACAAUCUCUUCGAACAGCUAGAAUAGAUACCCAUGGAGCAAUGGCUCUUUUGUUCUGCCUCUCCCCUCUCCAUUUGCUUCCUGAUCUCCAGCAGAAUCUUUGUAUACCUUCAACACCAGAUGAAACAACAAAAUGCUUGACAAGUCCUUGUGUGAACUCCAGCUGCUGAAAUAACUUUAAUACAAUAGAUUGCACUUAAUUUAAACAAGGCAGCAGUGUUCCUGUAAGGGUACUUUAUUUAGACAUAUAUCCAAAUGUUGAUGAAAUUAAAAACUAUUUUGUAUUUUA